AUGCCUAUCACCGGCGUCUACUUCAUCCCGUCUAUGCCUAAUGCCACAACGGCCUUACCGGCAGUAACAGAGCGCCUUCGCGCAGCCUUCACAGACGAAGAACUAACUCCAAUCGGCCGCUGGGGCCUGGAACAAAAACUAUUCCGCGACACCCCAGGACUAGUCCCAGCAUCAGCAAACUCCAACAAAAAAGCCUCGAAUCCGCGGUACAUGCAAUUCCUCUCACUAACCCACUACCCAACCCACGGCUUCAUCUACACCUCCGAGCCAGCAGACCUGCAACAGGCUGUAGCAGUCACUGGAAACCCAACGCCCGUUCCAGCACAGAGUCCAGCAGCAGCCACCCAAUCCCAGCCCCAAAAUGCAAAUGCAAACGCAAACGCCAGAGAAAUUGGUAAUGGAAUCCAAAACGGGAUCACAUCAACCCCCGAAACCCCCAGGAUGAUAAUGACAACUAUCCCCCCAUCCUCCUACACAUCCCUCUUCCAACACUUCACCUACGCCUGCCAACCCUUCUGGUGCCACCGCCUCACAUUGACAGUUCCCAACGGAAUAGUCUACGACAUUGGCGAUUUCCGCGUGCGACUCGGCGACGUGCGACAGACCGUCCCGACGGCCCGGGUGCGCGGUACCGUUGUUGAAAUUGAGUGGCGGGGACCGUCUGUUGUGGAGGCUUUGCCUGGCUUUGACAAGCAUCGGCAAGAUACCAACGGCGGCGCUAUUGGUGGUGACGAUUCAGGUGUUGAGCUUUCCUUUUCGGAUAUUGAGGAGUCGGAUGUUGAGGCAGAGUAUGUGGCUACUGCGCAGCUGAUUCGGGAGUUUUGGGGGAGAUUGGGGCUUGAGGCUAAGGAGGCUGUUCUUGUUCCUGGGAUUGGGAAGGAGGUUUUGGAGAGGCUGAGGAGGGUUAAGGGGGGUGAGUCUUUGAGGAAGGAGGGUGAUAGGAGGGUUGGGGAGGUUGUUGGUGCUGAGCGAUAUGAAGAGGAUUUGGAUCCUUCUGCUGGGACGGAUGUUGCUAGGCAGUUUAUGGAGGUUUUGCGGUUCAAUCGUUAG